UCGCUUUAUACUGAUUUUGUUUAGCAUAACUGCCAUUGAAUGGGUGGCUCUGGAAGCGUAACUCAUUUUCUCACAUUAACGGUCAAUCUAACGAUCAUCGUCAACGUCGACGCCUAUCACAUCAUCCAGCUCACAUCACUCUGGCAAUUGCUAAGAGUUCACCAGUAUUGGCAUUUUUUGCUCCCUGAAAGUGGUUUCGCCUGGCGAUGAAUCUCCUCAGACAUAAUCGAGCCAUAGUUCAAGAUUCAAAUCUCAUAACUAUAUUCCAAAUAAAUGGGAGCGAAUAGAUAGAGUAUUUGCCCUCAACAUCCUAUCUAACCCAAAAGUUCUACGUGUCG